AUGUCACUCAACGAGAUCCGCGGGCGUCUAGCCCUAAUUACCGGCGCAUCUGGAGGAAUCGGUUCAGCCUGUGCGCACCAGCUCGCUCAACAUGGAACCCACCUUGCCCUGACAUACGCGACCAACCUGGAUGCAAUGAAUGCGAUUGUCGCAGAUAUACAGUCAAAGUAUUCAGAGAACAAUCUCCGUAUAUCCAUUCACAAGGUUGAUGUUGGAUCAGCCGAUCAGAUCGAAACCAUGUUCCAGCAGAUCGACAAGGAGCACGGUCAACGGCCAGAUAUUCUCGUCUCCAACGCUGGUCACGGCAAGCGGUUCCCCAAUAUCUGGGAGAUCGAACUUGAAGAGUUCGACUAUACCCUCAAUGUCAACCUCCGCGCUUCAUUCAUACUCGCCAAGGGUGUUGUGGAGCAUAUGAAGAAUCAGCGCUGGGGACGCAUUAUUUUCAUGUCCUCAAUUGCCGCGCAAGGUGGAGGUAUCAAUGGAUGUCACUAUGCCGCUUCAAAGGGUGGCCUCACCGGCAUGAUGAAGAACCUGUCAACCCGCCUAGCCGAAUUCAACAUCAGCGUCAACGACGUUGCUCCUGCGAUGAUCGGCGACACGGGGAUGAUUCCCAACGCAGCGGCAAUUCCCGAAGUCGCAGCUGGUAUUCCUUUGCAAAGACUGGGUACGCCCGAGGAGACGGCAAAUGUAGUCACAAUGCUGUGCAAGACUGGGUAUAUGACAGGCCAGAGCCUCCUGCUGGCUGGGGGGUUGAAAUAG